AUGUCUGACGUCGUACAAGAGAAUAUGGAAGCAAUGCUCCCUGAGCUCAUGGACCUGCAAGAGAAAGGGAUCUUCACUGUCAAGGAGCUUAGAGAUAUCGCCAAAAAGCGACGUAAUAUGGAGUAUGAGCUUCAAGCUGGCAACUGCACCAAAGCCCAAUUCCUCAAGUAUAUUAAGCACGAAGUUAAAGUUGAGAAUAUCCGACGGAAAAGACUCGCCGGUAUCAAGGAUACUGUUCGUAAGCGCAGCAUCUCGGACAUAUCCAUACAGCGCCGCAUUCACAGCAUAUACGAUAGGUGCUUGGCGCGCUUCGGAUCGAAAGACCUCCCUCUCUGGUACCACUAUCUACAAUAUUGUAUGGACUCUGGAAGCACCAAAAUGCUUUUGAAGAUCGUCAUGCGUGCUUUGCGGUUCUUCCCUUCGGACCAUGGCCUGUGGUUGAUAGCUUGCGAUCGCGAGGUCCGUCUCGGACACCUCAACAACGCAAGGUCUCUCAUGCAACGAGCUCUACGUGUCGUGCCCACGGGCACACCAGGGCGAGCAGAGUUGUUGUCGGCUUUCAUCAAGCUUGAGGCGGUUGCUCUGAACAGGUCUCUCAAAGGCGGGGAGGAGGUGUCCUGCGCGGUAUUGCAAGUUCUUUACAAGCACGGAGUGUCCGAUCUAGCUGGAAGUCCGUCACUCCCACGAUUUUUGCUCCAUUUCCUGGAUGUCGUCCUGAGGUUGCAAGAAUCAGUGUCGGCGGCUGGCAAGGAAGUGGCAGGACUGGGCGAUCUAAUGGUCUCGGCUAUUAGCGCUUGUGUGGAGCAUUCGAACGAGUACCCCGAACUGGCUGAAGUUGAAUGGCGUCUCAAGUGGCAAGGACCGGAAGGGGCCAACGAAAGAAGACUAAAUAGGUCUGUGGGCUCUAUCGUCGAGACUGGGUCCGUGGAUAGCCUCAAGGCAUUCGUGCAGUUCUGUCUGAAAUCACGUGCUUUCAUCAUGGACGAUGCCUCUCCAAAUGGCGAUACGACUGACAAUACGUCGGGCAAGGAAGAGGACGUAUGGGCGGCCCUUCCUACGGUGAUGGUGGAUCCCGAGGUGGCAGCUGCUGUACUAUGGUCCUUUGCCAAAGGGGCUACUGGAGACAUGCUGGCAGCCUUGAUCGAAGGAGCUGAGGUACUGAGCCCGAGCAUGUUGGUCCCUCAAGAGGUCAUAGAUCAUGUUGAGGAGGAGUGCAUGAAGGGCACUAGUCAGGGAGUAAAGUUGCUGGUGUUGGGGUCGAGGAUGGGAUGCAAGACUGGCAUUGAGACGUGGCUCCAGUCUGACUCACACCGUCGAUCGCUCAGUGCGGGAGAUUCCGAGGCUUUCCUCCCACAUGUAGUGGAGACUAGCAGGGAGUAUGUCUACGGCCUGUUGCUGUGCACAAGACCGGACUGUUGUGGCGAGGUAUGUCGAGCUUAUCUCGCAACUGCGGACUCUCGGGAGGAAGCUGAGAAGCUUGCGAAGGAAUGCCUCGAAGAAAUCAGGAGUCGUCGUAAUGCAGCUGUGGCUAAGUGGAAUAAGGAGCAGCUCGCGCGAGUCGCCCUCCCCUGUGUAGAAUGCUUGCUGGCUGAUGAGGACGUCCCUGUGCGGGAGCAGAAGCAUCUAUUCGAGACCAUGAUCUCAUUGCUGUCAUCGGUCCCGUCAAUGCUGCCAGAGUUAGUCGAGUGGUGGUUGAAGUACACAACUAGCAAGGCAGGGAACGCCGCGUUGUACUGGAAGGCUCUACAAGACCUGCCGCCGUCAGUUCAUGCUACUUUUGCGGCCCAAUACCAAGAAAUUGCUGAAACUGUGAGUUUUCCUCCAACUCAAAAUGAGAUGCCCUCGGAGUACAUUGGAUCUGACGCUGUAGAGACGCGGAGUGGCCGGUUUAUGAUCUCAACAGCAUUUCUGCAACGCAAGUUCACUGUGGCGCAGUCGGUCCCUGUCGGUGACGUUAUCUACCCCUGUCUGGUGCCGAUGUGCUGCAGUAUAGUAUUGGGAAAUGAAUAUAAAGUGAUUGAGUAUAGCGAGGAUGCUCCUGGGUCGAUAGAUCCAAUAACUCAGCAACGGCGCCCUGGAUCUGGUCGGGAGGUCUUCCGUGGUAAGCAGACGUGGGAUGGGCUGUGGACAGCAUGGUGCUCGCCGCCACAUUCUCGGCCGGUCAACUUCACCAUCGACCUCUUGAGACCUGUCACUCCAACGGAGGUGCCGUUCUUGCAAGCUUCUUGUGAUGAGGAUACGCUGACUGUGGUAGAAGUAGACACAGGGGAUGUUAUUGGUACCGUCCGCGACUAUACCAGAGAAUGCCUCUUUUGUCUACCGUUCGGCUCAAUGACGUUAGAGAUCGAGAUGCCGGGAGAUGAGUUGGCAGAAUCGGAGCGGUUCUAUAUCACGGGUAGCGGCUGCCAGACUCCCGUCAUCUGUUGCUGCACUUCCUGUUGCUUCUGCAUCGGUGCAUGCAGACGAGUUGAAUUCGCCAUCCUCGAUGAGGACGAUUCUGUGGUGGGACAGAUCGCUAAAGUCAGUCCAUCAUACUGGCUUUCGAAGGCUACCGGUUAUGACUCUCCACAUAGGAAGCAAACGAGGAUCGAAGACAUUUACGGAUCAAUAAUUUUGACCCAGAGGGGAGAAAGACAAUUUCGAAGCUCCCAUGAGCAAUGGAGGACACGUCUGGGGAACUUCAAAGGCGUCAUGCUCUGUAAUCGUCCAGGGGACGUUGAAGCGGAGCGACGAGAAGCGAUACAGUCUGACGGGCGACCACCACCGUUUAAGAAUGCCAUCUCAGCGACACAUAGUGACCCAUUGGGUCUUACUCCUCCUCGUCUUGCUGGUGUGGCAGAAGGCUGGUCCAAGCGGCUAGCGCCACCUAAGGCUAUAUUGCGGAAUCAUAUUCGGUGGUUGAAGGCUUUUGGUAAAAAAGUAGCGAUCGAGCGAGCUCAACGGGUGGAGGCUGUUAGGAAGGAAAAGGAAAAGUUCAAGAGAAUAAAUGAAUUUGCAGCGAAGCAAAGAGCGGAAGUUCGAAAGGUACUGGAAGGUAUCAAGGAGACCUUCGAGGCGGAUGAUGGUGUCCGGCGGGAGACAGGCUUCGAUGGUGUUGGUAUUGAGGAUGGUAGUGCUGAGAGAAAGUGCCUCGAGCAAGCAGUGGCUGGGAAGAAGGGGAAGUCUGAUAGACGGUUAAAGGGCAGACCACUAUGGUCUUUGACAGAGGCCCAAGCGCAAGAGGCUGCCCAGGUUGAUGAAGAGGAGCUGCUGGAGUUCGCUGAGACUGUCAACUUCGACGAGUAUAUCAACGACUUGGAGUUCCGGACUGCCCUUGCAGUGAUGAAGGAUCGGGCUGGAAAGCUGAGUAGAGAACAAGAGAGAUUCCGUAGGGCCCUGCAAGAGGCUUAUGACAGGGAGCUCGAGGAGCAAGAGGCUCAAGCCGUUGAUGAGGAUGCUGGAUGUGACCAGGCUAGUGAUGAUGGAAUCGGGUCAAUAAGCGGUAUAGGCUUCGAGGACUCGGCUAGCCAGAAGGGGAGGGAUGAUUCAGUAUUGACCAGCAGCGCCUCGGCGGCAUCGGCAUCCAUGAGGGACCUUCACAGGCCAGUCAAUCAGGACGGUCGACCUGGCUGGGAUUCGAAGCCGUUACCGGUGGACGAUGAGACGCAUAGCAUUGUGAGUCAGGUCCUCAGGGAUAAUCAGCAGAUACGGAGUAUUCACAAUGGCAGGUCGGUUCGCGGUGUAUUGGAGACUAUAGCAUCGCGGUCGAGUGGUAGCGAGGACUCGCAUUUGGUGAGAGUAACAGCUAUCCCAAAGCCUCAGUGA